UAUUAUUGUUGUAGCGCUAAUGUUUGCUCCUCCACACCACUAUGUGCAUGGAGCGGUGAUGGGGCUUUAAUCACAAAUGUAGCUGGGUAUGUCAUCGGAUUUUAUGUCUCAUCCGUUGUUCAAAAAUGCAGCUGAAUGUUUGUCAAGUGUCACGGAAUAGUGGGGGCUGAUGUAGCAAAUAGCUAAUGUUAGCCAGGGAGUCAGCCCUAGAUUCUACCCCCGACUGACUGACCUACCUACUACAGGCUAUCUUGUGUCCAUAAAGCAACGUUAGUUUGAUAGUAGCCUGUGGUGGGCAGUUUGCAAAGUUUGUUCUGCACCUUCAAUUUGCCAUCGGAAAGGACCAUCUGAAUGUACCCUGUCGCCAGGAGCUAGCCCAGAUACCCUGGAAACUAUGGCAGAUGUCUGGAGGAGGAGGCGACUGUCUCGGGGAGAAGUAACGUUGGUGCAUGGGGAUUCAAGCGCAUAAGACCAGCAGGUGGUAAUGGACCUGUGAACACUCCUAACAGAAUGAUUUCGCGGUACACAAGAAGGCCCGUAUCGCAUAAUCUGCAAAUCCGAGGGCUGUCCCGGAGCAGUCUGGACCAUCACCCCCCACCAGAGGAGGCCGAGGACGAUGACGGCCUACCUCAACCAUCCUUACACGACCUGCAUGAGGCUGUCUCCACAUACAACAGCUCUGGGACGUCUGUGGUGUCGGAGAGGUCAGGAUGUCAGACGGUGACCACGGGUGACACGGGCCGCUCCUGGUCCGGCAUCCACAGCUACGCGGGCACCGGCAUCUCCACCGAGCGCAGCUCAGUCUUCUCCUGGGGAUACGAUGAGUUUGACAAGGCUGCGUCUCGUCAGGUGCAGCAGAUGUUUGAGGAGAUCGACGAGCAGCUGUAUGAGGGGCGGGGCCGAGCAGACGAGGGGCGAGGCAGAGCAGCGGCACGCGGCCUUCAGGAGGAGUGUAGCCAGUGGGCCUCGCGCUUCCCACACCUCAGGAUUCUGGGUCGUCAGCUGGUUUGCCCCACGGAUGACGGGUUCCAGUGGUACGCCACCGAGUCUGGGAAAGGGGACGACACCGAGCAGCAAACACGGCCGGCCAGCAAAGACACCAAGGAAAAGCCCAGCUCUGAUCUGUGUGUGCAGGGUCGCAGGGCGGUGCUGAGCAGGUCGUGUGUGGAGCUGGUGUGUCCCUCGGAGGCGUCAGUUGAUCGCCAUGGAAACGCGGAGCAGGAUCAGGAGGCGGAGUCAGCCAGCAGGGUCAUCGAGGAGGAGGGGCUUAUGGAGGAAUACCUGGCCUACGACUGCAGAGACCUAGAGGAAGAGUGGGUGCGUGAGUGUGUGGCCAGCAGGAGGAGGCGGUGCCUGCCGCCGGUCUCGCCCUAUCGCUGUCGUCGGGAGGCGGUGCUUGACCUGCUCUUCGACGACGUGUGGCGGCAGCUGGUUGGCUGGAUGGAGGACCUGGUGCGCCGCCAUUGGGAGGGAGACGUGUGCGUGUUAGACGAUGAGAAGACAGCCGGAGUUCUAAGCCCCACCCAGCCGGACUCCCAGAAUCCCUUUCUGCUCUUGUCGUCCCUCCCCACGGUGCUGCCUCGCCUGGGCCACGGACGCCACCCCCAGCUCACCGCCGGCCUGCAGCCCCAGUCCAGCAGGGUUCCAGUAGGUGCCUCAGUAACCCAUGGCAACCUGAAUGACCUCAUCAUGAUCCACGGCAUUCCGCUGCAGCAGAGGAACGUGGGAGUUCUGGACCGAGUUGCCCAGGAGUGUGAGGAGCGUGGCGUGUACCUGCGUCCCGGCUCCAGUGCCUUGCCGUCAGGUAAGCCGCGUGCUCGUCGGCCCCUGGAGCAGAGCUCGUCCUCGCUGUUCCGGCCGCCCCAGUCGGCGCGGCGACGCAACCCUCCCCCGCGCACACUCAUGCCCCUCGCCGCCGGCCCCGGAACCGGCCCGGGUCUGGCCCAGUCCAGCGUCGCCGGAUCCAUGGAGGAGGUCAUACGCGGGACACGACUGACCACAGCCAGUGAUCGUCUGACGUCGCCCCCGAUGCCCCUCAGCAGAAACACACUCCUCCCCCCCAUCGGCACCUGCGACGCAGAACACACACACACCCUGCACGCAAGACACACACAGAGGCAGAGGGGUUGUUCUAGUCGUGCCCACAGUGCGGUGACAGAGGAGGCCGCCAGCAUGCCGCCCAGAGACCGACUACACCUACUGGACUACUUCUCAAGGCCCAACACCACACACACCUUCAGGUCAGAUACUCCGUAUCGGCGCUCCUUCACAGUUCUGGACAGCAGCGGGCAGCAGGGCCGGCCGGGCAGGGCGUCAGUUGGCACAGACUCGCUGGGUAUCGGUGUGACGGGCAUCAGUCUGGGCAUCAGUAGCUCCUCCUUCCUGGACUCCUUUACGCAUCACCCCCAUAGCCACUCCCCCAUCGAGGACGAGGACGAGGAGCUGGACGCACUUACCCCACCACCCCCCGCGCUGCUGGUUCCAGUCUCUGUCCCUGCGGCACGCUCCCAUGGCAGAGGAGGAGGAGGAGGAGGGGGAGGGGGCGGGGCAGCCCGCAGCAGCCGACCUGGACUUUAACACACACACACACACACGUACGCACACACACACACACACACACACACACACUAUACAAAGACACACAUACGCGCGCUACACACACACACAAUCAAAUUGCUCAUUACACACACACACACACACACAGACACACAGACACACACACACACACUCUUCUUCUCCACCACCCUCAGCGUUGAGAUACGUAGCAGAGGACUGGAGAGUCACCUCGCAGUGGACAAGACACUUAACAACACAGCAGCAGGA